AGAGUGGGCCCAACAGCAACCAGUUUCAUAAUGAAGGGGAGGAAAAAUGGUGAAAACAGAUUUCUGGGACCGCCACCAAGAGGCAGCAAAACACUGCAGCACGUGUGAAACCUGGAAAAGUGUUUAGACAUUCAUCUUGGAUGAAUGGACCAGGCUCCGCCCCUCCAGUGAAGACCUGAGUCCAGCUACAGUGUUCAGAGACAUACUCAGACACCUGAACUCAGCCGUGUCCAUCCCGCUCCUCAGGAGUCUACGGCAACGUCAGAGCCAAGAUGGGGCGGAAGGAAAUCAUCUGCAGCUGGAAGAAAAGCAUCAGCAACAUCAAGGAUGUGUUUGACUUCAAAGGGAAAAUGGGAUCGGGGUCAUUUUCGGAGGUUUUCAUGGUGAGGGAGAAGACAACAGGAAAACUUUAUGCCCUGAAAUGUCUGAAGAAAAAACACCUCACUCAUAGCAACCUGGAAAAUGAAAUCAAUGUGCUGAGGAGGAUAAAACAUGAGAACGUUGUGGGAUUGGAGGAUUUCUACGAGAGCCGGACACAUUACUACCUGGUUAUGCAACUGGUCUCUGGUGGGGAACUUUUUGAUCGCAUUUUAGACAAGGGUGUUUACACAGAGAAGGACGCCAGCAAAGUGAUCAAACAGGUGCUGCAGGCUGUCAGCUACCUGCAUGCAAACAGCAUCGUGCACCGGGACCUAAAGCCAGAGAACCUGCUGUACUACAGCAUGGAUGAAAAUGCCAAGAUCAUGGUCAGUGACUUCGGUCUGUCGAAGACGCUGGAACAUGGUGUGAUGUCCACGGCCUGCGGGACACCAGGAUAUGUUGCCCCUGAGGUUUUGGCUCAGAAACCCUACAGCAAAACAGUGGACUGCUGGUCAAUCGGAGUCAUCACCUACAUCCUGCUCUCCGGCUACCCUCCAUUUUUUGAGGAGAACGAAACUCGUCUGUUUUCAAAGAUCAUGAGGGCUGAAUACGCCUUCCAUUCACCUUUCUGGGAUGACAUCUCUGAGUCAGCCAAAGACUUUAUCAGGAAUAUGAUGGAGAAAAACCCCACAAAACGCUUCACCACUGAACAAGCUCUCAGACACCCCUGGAUUGCUGGAGACACAGCUAAAAACAUGGACAUCUAUCACUCCGUCUCCGAGCAGCUGGAGAGAAACUUUGCCACAUCCAAAUGGAAGCAAGCCUUCCAUGCUGCUUCUGUCGUCCACCACAUGAAGAAACUGCAGCUGUCCCAAACUGAGCCCACCACCUCCCCACUCCCAUUGCCCAGCAUCCAAGUCCAGUCCUCCUCCCUGAAUGAUGAAGAGCCCUGCCACAAAAGGGAGGACUCCCUUGACCCCAAUGGGAACCCUGUUCCUGCAACCAGUCAUGUCUCCUGCAGUAACUCCACACCAGCCAUAAAUCUCUGCCCACCAGUGAGAACCAGCCACAGUGAACCUGGAAGUGCCCUCACCAUCGAUGAACUGGAUGAGGUCCGCAGCUUUCAUUCAGAGACCGACGCUGCUUUCAGACCAUCUAAGAGCCUGGACGUCAUGGCUCAGAGGAAUGACCCGCCUCUUCAGUCUGGAGUCUGUUCUGUCAUGUGAUUGGCUGAUUUACCUCACCUGACUAAUGCAGUUUGUGUGAUGAGUCGGCGGCUUUCAGUGAUGGAUCUUUCUUCUGGACAUGGAGGCGAUGUGGCGCCUGCUGCUGAGCUUCAUCAUGUCUGCUUUGGUCCUCUGCUGCAGGAAAAUGCCCAUUGAGGACUGCGUGUACAGUUUGAAAAACACAGAAUUCAGAUGACUGUUUACAUCCAGUGAAGGCUGAACACAUUUCAAAUACUUGUGAUGUUAUUCGUGUCCUCAAAAUGACUUUAUUGACUCUUACUGGCAAUUUGUUACUUGAUAUCUGUAAACUGCUUUGUUUUUGCUAGAUUUAAUUGAACUG